AUGAAGAAUGAUCUUCGUCAGACGUUCGGCGAGAUCUUCAACGACGACCCAACCGCUUUCCGCAAACAAUUACUAGAGGUCCAACAUUUCGAAACUGAUCGAAGCGAGGCUGAAGAAUGGGUAGCGAAUUUGCGCUUUCUGGAUAUUUCCGGAGUACCAGAUCUACAGGCAGAGAAGCAGAAACAAGACCGCCGCUACGCACUAGCUGAGGCUCGCGAUCAUCUCUACGAGCGAAAGAUACCGUCAUGCGAAGUCCCCAUCACGAAGCGUGAAGAAGACAACGAAGACGCAUACAUUGCUGUCUCAUGGCGAUGGGCUGUGCUCGAACAUGCGCCUGAAACCCCUGUAUUCGAUUAUCAAAUCAGGAGACCGGGUGCGAAGCCGCACAAGAGUGACUUUCCGGACCGCUACAUGGAUCGGGUAAUACAAUUCGCACAGAGCGUCAAUGUGUCCAAAGUAUGGAUCGACAAGGAGUGCAUAUAUCAGAGAGCGGGAGACGAAAGAAAGCGGCCAAAAGACAAGGAACUGGGCGUUCAGAUCAUGGACGUAGUCUACGGCGACAGUAAAGUCUCGGUUGGCUUACUCACGGUGGAGCUUACGCAUCAACACCAAGUCGAUCUUCUAUCUGAACUCCUACAGGGCCGCAUUUUCGUCGACCCCAAGGACAGAGAACAUCCAAAGUUGAGACCCGAAGUCAAUGUUCUAGCAGUACAAAAGCUGAUUCGGCGCAUUCUCAGCGACCCUCGCUGGGAUCGUGGCUGGAUCUUCCAAGAAGAUCAUUUGGCCUCGAACAGGAUGACCUUACUCAUACCGUGUUCUUCAAGUGUUCGAAAAGAUCAGGGCUAUGACUUUGGUGAUAUCCUUGGGGACUUGAAGAUCAAACUUAAGGAUCUUCGACAAAAUGCGACCAUGUUUUGCUUGGCUCGCCCUGAGGAACGGCGGCCUAAUACCGACAUACUGGAAAAGCUCAAACAAUACAAUAUCUGCAACAAGAGCUACACACCGCCACAGGACGACCAUCUGUUGCGUUCCGGGAGGAAUGGCGUUCGCGGUAAUACUGGCGACGACAAGAACUAUCAGCGCGGAAGCAGCUACGAGAUUCCAGCGUACCGAACGACUACGAACUGUGUGCUCGACGAUAUUUGCAGCCGUUCGUUGGAGAACGAGGAGGACAGAAUCGCUAUCCUUGCAAACGCUCUAAGAUUUACUACGCGCAUAGAUAUCGGGAAAGGAUCUCCAAUACAUAAGCCAGACAAAUACAGCCUCUCUGUAGCUCUGCUCGCACUCAUACUAAUGAAUGGGGAGAUAUUGAAGAGUAGGACAUGGAAAUCACCUGACCGUGCGCGUCUGCCCUGCGAAAGUAACCUGAUGCAGCACACGUUACAAUCGUAUCUCGCGGCAUGUCAACACGAGUUUAGUGUCCCUAAUCUGCGAUUCCAGCAAACUUUCGUCGACCACUGUCGUCUCAAAUCCCCAACUAUCACGUCUCGUGGUCUUCAGACGAAAGGCUGGCCUUUCGAACUAUUCCCUCGUGAGCGAUCAAGAAUACGAGCAGACCAGCUCAGCCUCCGUCUCACCGAUUCGGAUCGAGAAACUCUAUCUGAUCUAGGCCGAGGUCCAGUGCUUCGGGGUACGAAGCUCGACGAGGAUGCACAUACGGCAUUGGAUGCACUGAUUCAGAAGUUGGAGGCCCUAUGGCCAGCAAGUCAGCUCGUCAAUUACAUGCGUCGAAACCUAUCGCUCGAUGGACAUCGGUCGCGACCGAAAGUACCACCGUCUGCACCGUACGUACUAGACAUGAUGUUCGCACUCUAUCAAGCUCUUCGCGACGAUCAAGAGCUUCGUUUGGGGCGGCUGGCUUCAGCACGUCCGCAUACAGAGCCAGCUGCUAUCUUCAUCAGACCGGAGCCAGAUGGUUGGAGGACAGAGCAGGCAACCCACUUAAACUCUGACGGAGCACCUUGCCUUGCAAAGAUCUUCACGAGCUGGGAUCAAUCACAUGAUUCUGAACGACUGGCAAGCUUGGAAGUCGGUAGGAGGAUCCAAGAGGCUCGUGGCAAGCGGGAUUAUUUGCUGUAUAGCGCUGGAUGGGUGAAUGGAGUUUGCCGACGGGGGAAGGAAGAGGAAGAGGAAGAGGGACGGUGGCAGCUAUAUAUGAAGUUCCGGCUUUGCGACACCUUCGGCUUUGUUCACCGUUUUCUUUACGAUCAUGCAAACAAGAAGCGAACGAGCGUAUCACUUGCUUCUUCACCGCCCUCCAAGAACCAACACCGGUCACUCAACAGAAGCAUGUCUUCCCAGACUAAAAAGCUCGUCCUGAAGUUCUCUCUUACCCCGCUUACAUACCUGUUCACUCACAUCAACUCGCUCUUUCAAUCGCAGCGCAGGGCAUGGAAAGACUUCGCCGAAAAUUGUCCGGAUCCUGCUCUUGUCAACCUGAUCAAUGGUCCCAUGAAGGAUACUGGAAGACUGCUGAACAUGACACAAAACUUUCUGCGAAAGCUCAUCGACUUGGCAGAGAUCAAACUGAAGCAGGUAGAAACCGAAGCACAAAUAGCCGGUGCAGAAUGGCUCGACAACCCGACCGAUCCCAUGAACAACGCCAAAUUCCUCAUGGCGAGAAAGAUACAUAGCGACUACGCAAAGCAUAUGAGAGAGGCUUGGGAUGUUGGAUUAGAAAUCAUUCCUGGAAUACAGGCGAGAUUUGACGAUAUGGAGGACACGCUCGAGAAGCUUGCUGUGCUCAUACCAAUCGAGGAGCUGGCGCUGCCACUUGGGCCGUUCGUAGUCAAGGCAUUAGAGGUCAACGACAGGAUGUGGGUGUUUGCAAUAAGGUUAUUGGGUAUCUUGCGGACGGUUGAUAUCCCCCUCGGUGUUGCGACUGUGGCUGUCAACGUCGAAAAGUACCCAGAAGCGGACAAACUUGCGCGAGCAAGAUACAAAUUUGGGGAUUACUGA